AUGGUCGCACCAGCAACGCUGCACCUCGCAGCCCUCGCAGCCACAGCCCUCUCGCUCCUCCCCUCGCCCGCCUUGGCUCGCCUCGACCGCCGCGCGCUCCAGCUCAACCGCCGCGCAAACACCACCGAUGCAGCGGUGUUGAACGGGCAGACGUUCGACUAUGUCGUCGUAGGAGGCGGAACGACCGGUCUCGCGCUCGCCUCUCGUCUCUCGCAAAACUCGACGCUCAAAAUCGCCGUUAUCGAAGCCGGGUCGACGGGCGAUGAAGUACAAGACAAGGUGCUCGCGCCCGCCAUGGCCUACUUUGGCGGGAUCGCGAAUCAAGAGAGCCCGUAUGACUGGCAGUAUACGACGACGAACCAGAGCGAGUUGGGCGGACGGAGCGUCUUUUGGCCUCGAGGCAAGAUCCUCGGUGGGUCGUCCGCUGUCAAUGGGCUCUACAUGAUCCGCCAGUCGGCCAUCGAGCAAGACUCGUGGGGCUCGCUCGUCGGUGACCCCGAAGGCUGGGGCUGGGACACGAUGUACCCCUACCUGAAAAAAUCGGAAACCUGGACGCCUCCCUCGGACUCGUACGUCUCUUCCGCGCACAUGGUCCUGAACCAGUCGCUCCACGGCCUCGACGGACCGGUGCACUACUCGUACCCCGGCAUCUUCUACAACUCGAUGUUCGAGUGGAUCCCGACGCUCGAGAAUAUGGGUCUCGACUCGCGCGACCCGGCCGGAGGGGAGAACUGGGGCGCGUUCAUCGCUACGAGCGCGAUCAACCCGACGAAUUGGACGCGCUCGUACGCCAAGAACGGGUACCUCGACCCGGUCAAUUAUCGACAGAACCUCGUCGUCCUGACGGGAUACCAGGCCACGCGCAUCGUCUUUGACGGAACGACGGCGACGGGUGUCGAGUUUGCUGCGUCCGCGACGGGUCAGACCUUCACCAUCAACGCCAGCAAGGAGGUGAUCCUCUCGACCGGCGUGAUCGGCACUCCCCAGCUCCUCCAAGUCUCGGGCGUCGGUCCAACAGACCUCCUCUCCUCGCUCCAGAUCAACGUCGUCAAGGACCUUCCGGGCGUCGGCAUGCACCUGACGGACCACCUCUCCGGCGCCAUGACGCUCAACACCUCGUUCCCAUUCUCCGGCGACCCCGUCGAGUCCAACACUACGUUCGCGGCGGAACAACUCGCGUUGUGGAAGGCGGGCGAUGCGAGUUCGCUCUAUACCUCGCCCAACGACGCGGUCGCUUACGUCAACCUCACGACGCUAAUGGGAGGCGAGCAGCAGGCGAGCGAGUUCAUGCAGCAGAUCAAGGCGAACCAGUCGGCUCUCGUGAAGGCUUACUCGAGCGACAAGGCGAUCCAGGCGGGGUACAACGCGUCGUACUCGGCUGAAUUGAGGGACAUCUACCCCUCGGCAGUCGGGAUGGCCGAGAUCCUCCUCUCCAACACCGGAACGUACGGAGGAUACGGAGACGCCGUCACGGUCCAGAUCCAGGCGGCGAUUCAGCACCCUCUCUCGCGCGGAACGGUCAAGAUCAACUCGACGAGCGUGUUUGAUAAGCCCCUCAUCGACGCGGGCUACCUCACCCACCCCGCCGACAUCCAGAUCCUCCGCCAGGCAUUCAAGUUCGCUCGCAACGUCUCUCAGACCGCGCCUCUGAGCGACUACGUCUUGAACGAGCUUUCGCCUGGCUCGGCGGUGCAGACGGACGAGGAAUGGGACACGUGGAUCAGGGGAGUCGUCUCGACCGAGUACCACCCCGCCGGCACAGCCUCGAUGCUCCCCGAAUCCGAAGGCGGAGUAGUCGACAACGCCCUCCGAGUCUACGGCCUGACCGGCCUGCGCGUCAUCGAUUUCUCCAUCGUCCCCAUGUCAUUCUCGGCGCACGCGACCGCCCCAGCAUACGGCUUGGCGGAAAGGGCGUACGACCUCCUCCUCUCGACGCCCAAGCUUGCGGGUGGCUCCGAGCCGAGCACGAGCGCGAACGGCUCGAGCUCGGCGGCUGUCAGUGGCGUGCCCGGCGCGGCGAGCAAGACGGCGUCUGCGGCAAGCAACGCAGCAGAGACGGGCAAGGCCAACUCGGCGCCUGCUGGGAGUGCGACUGCGAAGGUCGGCACGGCGGUGCUCGUCGGACUCGUCGGCGCUCUUGCGCUCUUCGCCUGA